AUGCUCUGGCCUCUGCUCCUGUUUAUAACACUGAAUGCUCUCUUGUCGCGCCCAUCGUCUUGCUCUCUUCUCCAACGUUUUGAAGACCUCAAGAGAAACGACUUUGACUUUGUCGUCAUCGGAGGGGGCACCGCAGGGAACACUGUCGCAAAUCGUCUGACGGAGAACCCCAACCAUCAUGUACUUGUCCUGGAGGCUGGCGGAUCGAAUGCAAACGUCUUGGUGUCUAUCGUCCCAGAUUUCUGUGCCCGGACUCUUGGAAGUGCGAUAGACUGGAACUACACCGCCCAAACGGGUCCUGUCAUGAACCGAGUCGUUGAGCUUCCCAGGGGGUUCGUUCUCGGUGGUACUAGUUCAAUGAAUUGCAUGGUAUACACUCGUGGAACAAGAGAAGAUUGGGAUCGAUAUGCCCACGUAACCAACGAUGCCGGAUGGUCCUGGGACAACAUUCAACCAUAUGUACGAAAAAACGAACGCUUUACUCCUCCAGCUGAUGGGCAUGACACAACUGGGGAAUUUGACCCGUCAGUUCAUGGUUUUGAUGGAAUAAACUCUGUUACCCUUUCAGGGUUUCGACAUCAAAUAGAUACACGAGUCAUUCAAGCUAGCAAGGCGAUGGGGAAUGACUCAGAAUUCCGAUUUGUUCUCGACAUGAACUCAGGGGAACACCUUGGAAUUGGUUUCGGGCAGUCUACCGUUCUGAAUGGAAGUCGGAGCAGUUCAGCCACGUCCUAUUUGGGACCUCAAUUUAUCAACCGCCCCAAUCUUCACGUCUUGUUGCACGCCCAUGUGACGCGUAUUUUGUCGGAGGAAACAGCACAUAAUGGUCUUACCUUUACGGGAGUUGAACUUUCUCAGGAUUCUGGAAAAACAUUGCAUACAGUUACAGCAUCGAAAGAAGUCAUACUUUCCGCUGGGUCCAUUGCGACUCCUCAAAUCUUGAUGAACUCUGGCAUCGGCGAUCCCAAUACCCUGUCGAAUUUGGGUAUCCGAACGCUGCAGCGUCUACCAUCAGUUGGUAGAAACCUGUCUGAACACCUUGUCUUCACGCUUGGUUGGGUGGUUAACGCUAAUGAUACAGAAACCGAGGCAAUAAGAAAUACGACUCUCGCUGCGGAGCAAUUGAAACAGUGGAAUGAAACAAGAACAGGUCCUCUUGUUGAUGCCCCGGGGCUGGACCUUGGAUGGGUCCGAUUACCAAAGAAUGCAUCGAUCUUUGAGAAAUUCACGGACCCUUCUCCCGGUCCAAACACUGCACAUAUUGAGAUCCAGUUCAUCAAUUUUGGAGGCUUUGUCACGGAUAAUCCUCUCGCGGACACGAUAGGCGUAGCUCCUACCCUUCUAAGUCCCAUCUCUCGUGGCUUCGUCACCCUCAACACAUCAAAUCCAUUUGACCACCCGUUCAUUAAUCUCAACUACCUGGACUCAGAGUUCGAUCUCUUCGCGCUACGUGAAGGGGCUCGGAGUGCCCGUCGGUUCAUGGCACACCCUUCGUUUAACGGCUUUCUCGUGAGCCCCAUUGUGAACGCUACGACCGACGAUGAGCUAGACGAAUUCAUCAAAUCUAACGCCGGGGGAGCGUGCCACCCGAUUGGAACAGCCAUGAUGUCUCCUCGUGGUGCUGACUGGGGAGUUGUGGAUCCGGAUCUAAAAGUGAAAGGCGUUGAGCGACUCAGAGUAGUGGACGCUUCGAUAUUACCAUUCCUCCCCGCAGGGCACACUCAAGCAUCUACAUACAUUAUCGCCGAGCGUGCAUCUGAUUUGAUCAAAGCUUCGUGGUCUUAA